GCAAGAAAUUAUCACUCUCUUGGUCUCCCAAGGAGGGAAAAAGAGAUCUGACAGGGAGGAGGGAGUGAGAGUCGGAGAACGGACCGCAUACACACGCAGGGAGGGAGAAAAUGGCGGCGAUAACAAGCGCGGUGAUCGCGAUAGCCGGCGUGGUAUUGGGAUGGAUAGCGAUUGAGAUCGCUUGCAAGCCUUGCCUCAAGAAAGGCCGCGAAGCCAUAGAUCGGUCGCUGAAUCCCGAUUACGACCCCGACGACAACGAUAUUCGCGCUCCUCUCAACCCUAACUCCAAUUCUAACCCCGAUCCGUUGGAGGCCGAUUCCAGUUCCUCCACCUCAAUCAAGGCCGUUUGAUCAUAUAAUUUGCAUUUCUAUUUCCUUUUUCCUUUCGUUUGUUGUUUCUUGUUUGUUACUGUUCCUGUGCUUUGUUCCAUGUUUCCAUGGGUAAGAAAACAGAAUCUAACAGUGUGUUUGGAAGUUGUAAAAUGGUAUCAGAGAUUCCAGAUUUGUAAUUGAAUUGUUGUUGUUUUUUUCUUUUUUUUCUUAAUUGGAAUUGUUUUCUCGA